AUGCUGAUGUCACUGAUGAAUGGACCAAAGUUGCAGUUGCCAUGGACAAACUCAAAUCAUCAUCAAAUCUCUUCCACUGCAGGAGCUCAGCAACAUCCCAUAAGAGGUGCUAUCAUGAUCACCGUCGGUUGUUUCUGCUGGGCUAGUUUCAUCGUUCUUCAGGCAACAACGUUAAAAUCAUACCCAGCUGAACUCUCCCUAACAGCUUUAAUCUGUCUGGCCGGCACUGUUCAAGGAAGCAUUGUUUCCCUAAUCAUGGAUGCCGGUGAUCCUACAGUCUGGUAUAUUCAUUUCGAUUCUAAGCUCUUAGCUGCAGUUUACAGUGGUAUUGUAUGCUCUGGAUUUGCAUACUAUGUUCAAGGGACCAUUAUGAGGAGUAGAGGACCGGUUUUCGUGACCGCUUUUAAUCCCUUAAGCACGGUGAUUGUUGCCAUUUUUAGCUCAUUUAUCUUAUCAGAAACACUCUACCUAGGAAGGGUUAUCGGAGCCAUUGUUAUUGUCAUUGGCCUUUAUCUGGUUUUGUGGGGUAAAAGCCAAGAUCAACCUCUAUCAAGUCUUAUCAUCGAAACCAAAGAACCGAAUGAUCUGAAAAUAAUUUCAGCCAUUGAUGGGAUCACAAAGGUUUCGAAUCAAGAACUUGUCCUGGAUUUAGCAAGCAACAAAGUCACACCUACUGAUGAAUAUGUCUGAUGAUACGAAAAAUCACAAGAAAAGAAUAUCGUGAUUUGGGUUUUCUGUAUAAAUACUUUUAGAUU